ACCGACUAUUGGCAAUUCCCGCCAUUACGGAGUCCUUCCAUGCCCCGAGCCAGAGCUAACCAUGUCAGUCCCCCAGACCGUCAUCGCGUACCCCGCGUCUCGCAACGCAGGGACGCCGCUAGAUGACCUCAUCUUGGUCUAGAUGCAUCGCAGAUCGCGGGGGCAACACCACGGCAAUUGAGACCGGCUGCAGAAACGACGCCCAUGAUUGGACGACAGCGGGCCAUCUCCGUUUCUCCAGCCUAUGCUGGCCUCGCCGCCUUUCAUAAAGCAAACCUGCCAGAUACUGCUGCUCCACUCGCGACACAACGGCCUGCGGAAAUUCUCUCGCUCGCUCGCAUCAUGACAAUUGCCUGUCACGUGUAGCAACUCGACGCCGUGAACCCUCCAAGACGGCCAGAAUCGCUGGACGGCAAUGGACGCGAAAAAGGCCAAGAAGCGGGCGUUUCGAGCCUGUCUGCCCUGCCGCGCUCGCAAGGUCAGAUGCAUCGUGACGGGGGCGUGCCAGCCGUGCAUGAACUGCAAGCUGGAUGAGAAGGACUGCAAUUUCGCAAAGGCCGCCGGGACACAUCCCGGAUUCCCUCGAAAUCGUCGCGGCUCGGAAACUCCCGACUCGCACUCGUCCACCGACUGUUACCGCUCAACGCAGUCCCCAAGAGGCUCGGAUGCUUCGGGGAUCGACUGUACGGAGCAGCGUGCAUCGAGUAAUCAGAUUAACAAACCGCCUGGGAAGCCACUGUCGCCAACGUCGAACCCGAACCAUCCAGAGACACUCGGCCUCCUCUACGACCCGACCGACCCUAGCUAUUCCUUUCUUCAAGCGCCCAAGACUCAAACGAUACUACCUCAAGACCUCGAAUUCCUCAACAACCAAGGAUGUUUUAUCGUGCCGCAGCGCAGUGUUCUGGACGAGUUUAUCCACCACUACUUCUCCUUCAUCCACCCCAUCCUCCCCAUACUCAAUGAGGCCGAUUUCUGGGCCCUGUACGACUCGGGGUUAGACGGUAGGAGUCAAGAUCGGAUAUCCAUCAUUGUUCUCCAAGGAAUGCUGUUUACAUCCUGCACUUUUGUGUCCCAGGAAACUAUCAAGGCCCUCGGAUUCCGAACAACCCAGGAUGCAAAGUAUUCCUUCUACAGGCGAGCCAAGCUCCUCUACGACUUUGGGUAUGAACGAUCAUCCAUAGCCAUCGCGCAGGCUGCAGUGCUGCUAUCGCACUCACACUUAAUCCCACUCCCUUACGGAGGAUACAAGCAGCUCGGCUCUCUAUGGCUAGGCAUUGCAAUCCACCACGCACGCGAUGCAAGGGCUCACCAGUACUGUUCGGCGACACCAAACAACCCCAUGUCCCCGGAGGAAGCAAAACGGCACAAUGUCUUGAAGCGGCUCUGGAUGUGCUGCAUCAUAUGUGACCGAGUUAUCCCCUUGACCUCCCGGCAGAGUAUCAAGAUCACCAAGUCCAACUUUGACUUUGAGGGCAGUCCUAUACUCAACUGCGACGACCUCUCUGACGAAUUCUAUCACUCCAACAUCUACGAUUCGACAACAAAGAUCCACCUGGCCCAGGUCAACGUAAAGCUCGUGGAGCUCUGCGUGAUCCUCACAGAUGUUCUAGCCUUGUCGUCUUCGAUCCGCGACAAUCCGGCCUGGGGUCUCUCUCAAAGAAUGGCAGAAACGAACCAGGCUAGCCUCUGUAGGAUCCAACUCCAGCGCUGGUACAACACUUUCCUGGAAAUGAAGUCGGCAAUGAACGGCAAGUUGAUUCAGGAUUCAGGGAGCGAAGGUCGUGGAAGCUCUGUGGUCUUGUUCACCAACCUAGCAGAGAUGUACUACCACUCUGCAAGGCUGGCUCUGUGCCAUUAUGAGAUGUUGUACCUUGGCUUAGCCAUGUCGUCAUCGAACCCAAACCUGAAGAUUACGGACAUGUUCGAGAAGAGCUAUGAGCUUCAGAAUGCAACUUCACAAAUCACCGAGUGUCUGGCGGAACUGACUCGUCUGCGUCUAAUACGAUGGCUACCGAUGAGCGCCGUCGGUUGCACUGCUUUUCCGCUAGCUCUUCAGAUUCUUGACGUCGAACUCUUCCAACCAAAGCACCACAACGUGUCAGUGGCUACAAGGACACCAUUCUUCGCCGAUCACCAGCAACAGCGACUCAAUAUGCUCAUUGACGCGAUGAAAACGUAUCGCCCGCGAUACUACAUCGUCGACUGGGUCGCAAGAACGAUUCGGCACAUCGUCAGCGUCGCGCAACAAUGGCUGCCAUCCACUCGCGUCAGGUCAGGCAACGGCAUGUCGGUUGCGAGCUGGAUCGAAAUCCUUCAGCUACAACCCAGUUGCUACUUGCGUCUGGCGAUGACGAUGGACUUGAGCAUCAGCCAUGGCAAACUACCGGAAGAAAGCGACUUUCCGCCAGGCUUGCGCGACGUGGUUCGGAGUAGCGUUACAGCUACGUUAUCGCCGACGAUUAUACCUAUGGGCAUCACUCAUUUCCGUCAUCUCCAGUCCGCGAGGGAGACAUCUAAGGACACUACAGUCUCGAAGGAUCUUGAGGCGAAAUCUACGCCAGAGUUUCCCUCUGAGGAUGUGCUGUUUGAUGAAGGGCCAACUAGCCUCGUGGACAGCAUCCCCGAGUUUGACAGCAGUGUUGGCGGCAUUUCCAGUGGCGCCAAUGUCAUUUCGUCAAUGAGUUCAAACGGGGUGGAAAGUACUGCGUUCGAUAACCUCGGAGCAUGGCCAGAUGCUUUCUUCCCAUUCAAUUCAAGUAACCAGCUGCCCUUCCUCCAACCAGGGCCAAUGGACUUUCAGUUGGGAAGCAAUCUGGACCCGUGCAGCCUAUUUGAUCCAUCUCAGUGGACAGACGGCCAGUCAAACAAUGAGGCAGACGUACAACAAUUCCAGCUGGAUGAGUCCCUUCUCGAGGCAUUGCGGGAGACUGCAAGUACAAGCUGCAGGAACAGCGAUGAACGCCUACUUGAGCAGCUAGGCGAGGCCAUCAACAUGUCAUGACAGAUGAACUAUUAGCUGUUGUAGUGUUUGAACAGAUGGGUUGGUUCCAAGGGUGGACAGGUAACAAGGUGUCCAGUGAAAGAGAGCUGAUCGCGGUGGAUGUGGCAUGAUGUACGAAUACAUGAAUAAGGCCGGUAGAGUAAACACCAGCGUUGGUUGGAAAUAGUGUAAAUUUUUAUAAAAUACCCC